UCUACAAGAUGGCGGAAUUUGGCUGAAACGACCCUGGAAAAGAGUUAUCUUCUUGGCUUUUCGCCACUUCAGCGUUGAUCAGAAGACUUCUGACCAUACGGAAGUAUACAAUAACGUCGCGUGAACAUAGGGGGUUAUAAUCUGUUGCUUCUGUAUGCUAAAUGUGCAUGUUUUGGAUGUAAAUGUAGCAGAGUUGUAGGUGGGAGGGGCUGACAGCUGUGACUGGCGUUUCGCGACCGUAUUCAAAUCUGAAAAUAACCGGGCGCUUUACAACAGGAUGUACCAACAUGUUUACGACAAUACUAGCACAACUAUGAGAAAACUCUUUCGGUUUCGGAGACUCUUGGUCAAGAAAUCACCGUACAGUGCACGAUGAGCAUGUUUGCAGACCGCGAAGCCGUAGCGAACAACAUCGUGGCGGCGUUCGACGCGUUCACGCCGGAGGAACAGAAUGUGGUGCUGCGGCAGAUCCUGCUGAAAUGCCAGCCCCUUCAGCUGAGAUUUGUGUAUGCGGAGCUGAAAACCCUCCUGGCUGUGGACUUUGUGGCCCACCUGCCCCGCGAGCUGACAGAGAGGAUCUUCUCCUACCUGGAUGGAGUGGAGAUGUCCCGCGCUGCCUGUGUCAGCAGACUGUGGAGGGAAAAGACUAACAAUGAGGGAUUAUGGCAAAGGCUGUGUAAAUUAAAGAGGUGGGAACAUUUUGGGUUUAACGAGGACCUAUCCCGUGAGGAGUCCUGCAGCAGCCCCACAUCCACCUCCCGUACCUCCCCGCGCUUCACGCCUGUCAACAGUGACGUCAUCUCCCUGUCACCGCUGUGUCACUGGAAGGAUGUGUACAUCAGGGCUCAUCACCUCAACAAGAACUGGGCGACAGGGAAGUACACGGUCAUGCCUGCACUCAGGGGCCACGAGGGCAGGGUCAACUGUAUGGACUGUGAUGGCAAAUUACUUGUGAGUGGAGGGGGAGACAAUAGUGUUCGACUGUGGGACCUUGCAACAGGGAAGUGUAUUAACCAGCUGGAGGGACACACAGACUCUGUCACUGGCAUAGAACUCAGGAACAACAUUGUAGUGACCAGCUGUGCAGACAGCGUGAUCAGGGUAUUUGAGGCUUCCAGUGGUCGGUGUCUGAAAGUCAUGCAGGGUCACACAUCAGGGGUGGAGCACCUCUGCUUUGAUGGGGCAAAUCUUGUUAGUGCAUCAAAUGACAGGACGGUGAGAGUCUGGUCAUUGUCAUCAGGGAAGUGCAUCCACAACCUAACAGGGCACACAGAUGAUAUUCAGCUCCUUUGUAUGCAUGGAGACCUUGCUGUCAGCUCGUCCUGGGACCAGACCCUGCGGCUGUGGGACAUCAGAAGGGGGCUGUGCUUACAGAUACUUGUGGGACAUGCAGAAGUUGUGUACUGUUGCCAGUUUGAUGAGAGGAGAAUAGUGAGUGGUGGAGCGGACUCCUUUGUUAAGAUUUGGAACCCCCAGACAGGGGAGUGCACCAAGACUCUGAGUGGACACACAGGAGAGGUGUACUGUUUGAAGUAUAAUGAGGAUGUCAUUGCAUCAGGGGCAGCUGACAGCAUUGUCAGGUUGUGGAGCUUUGCAGGGGAGUGCCUACAUGAGCUGAGGGAACACAUCGGAGUGGUGCGCUGUCUCCUGCAGGAAGGGGACAGGCUCAUCUCUGGGGGGGACCAGAAGAAAGUCGUCAUCUGGAACACAAAGGAAGGCAAGCUGCUGAAUGUGGUACACAGGAACCCGACAUUGCUGCACUUGAUGUGGGCUAACGAGACCAAGUUGGUGCUGGCCUCCCCAGAAUCCCCCGGCACUGUCUCCAUUCUUAGUUACUGGUAACCUGCACCUGACACCACAUACUUCACACAGGGUUCAAACCCAUCUCAGAAAACGUCUUGCAUACACAGCAAAAGUGGAACUUUCCCAUAGCUCCCUAGCAUCCUGGAUAGUUUCUGGGAUGGCUUAAACAUGCAGUGGCUGCCAGAAAACUGUGACAUUUCGCAGUCUCUCAGUCUGCGGGGCUCGUGGGACGCAAGCCCAAGUGCUGGGAAAGACUUGGAAUUGGCAAGGAAUUUUAACUAUGUGCAGGAAUUUGAACCCUGUGACAGGCACACAGCCCCCAAAGCAGGUGGCCCUGGCAGUAUUAUACUUCAUUAGGUCCUCAGCACUACACACCUGCUAGUCAUCCUUUCCCCUUUCCUCAGGUUGAUGUACCUAGCAUACUUUCUUCUUUAACAAUGAGGUGCACCUAGCAAAGAUAGUGUUUCUGGACUUCAUGCACCUUGAAACAUUGGCAGUGCUAUUGAGUUAUUACAAAUGUAUGUAGCAUUGCACUGUGUAUCUAUUAUAGACACAGCUGUAAAUACAUAUCAUGAAAUGUAAAAGGAGAAAAAAAUGGUCUUUCUGUAAAAUAGACUGUAAAGUUUGUUCCAGUAAAUGCCAGAGCUCAUGUACAAACUACCCUAGUUGUCAGGAAAAUAGCACUUUUGGUACCAGAUAGUGAAAAGCCAGUGGUUUAGUUGAGGAAAAGUUCCCAGUAUUCCCCACUUUGUUGCAUUCUCUUGUGCCAUUUCUGACAGGUUGUCACAUAAUGGAAAUAAGUCCCAGAAAUAGCCCAGUAGAGCUGGUAAGACUUGGGUGUAGUAUCAGUCUAAAAUUGUUGAAUAGCCAGGAAACAUAAACUGCCUUGUACAGAACAACUACCCGGUACUACAGAGCCAAGUACAUGUAGUAGAUAGUGUAGUGAUUGAGACUUUUAAACAAAACCAUUUUGUGAGGAAGAUAAGUAAUGUUUGAUGUCAAAGUGUGGUUAAGAUUUGCAGAAAUGAUAUUAAACAAAAAUGGUUCUGCUAGUUUUAAUAUAUAUAUUGAAUAUGUACGGUAUGCUUUUCUUGCAUUUUAACAGACUGUUUGUACCAAAGAACAUAGAAUUUAUCAUCUACAAGUGCAGUAGCUCAGCUUUGCUGGUAUCCUCUUUCUGUUUCCAUUCAAAGAACUAGGUUCUUUUGAAGGUACAAGUUUUUGAACUUUUGAAGGUACAAGUUUUUUCUGAAGUUGAAUAUGGCAGUGCUAUUGUUAUUCCAGGUAUGUGAGCACCUGAGGUCAGCGUCUACUUAAACUUAUAUAUGUUCACUCCUAGUAGCCAAUGAUACUGAGUACUAUGGGGGUAGUAGUUUGUUUCUCACAGACAAGGGAUUGCACAUACUUUACAGAAGUAAUUUCAAUACAGGACGAUUAGGACUGGACAACAUCUACCCACUCGAAAUGGUGCAGAUCCUUUGCCUCAGAAAAUGGACAUUUGUGUUGUUAGUCUAUCAGCUAGUGAGUGCAUCUUCUUGAUGGAAGCUACAUGUGUGUCCCCAUAAUACCUCUAAUCCAUUGUGAGGGUAGGCAUUAUCCCACCUGUAGUGGUAUAAGAAAGGACCACACUCAAUAAGAACUCCAAUGCCCAAGCUGCUGGAAUGACUGGAACAGAUCUCAUUGACCAGUAAAGAAAUGCUGGGCAGUUGUAGAAAUGGUGAUUAGGAACGACCACAAACAAUGUAGGGCUUACCCUCUGACCAUAAACAAGGAAUCUUAAGGGCUGAACCACCAGCAGCUGCACACAGCUGUAGCAGGGUUUGUAGAGAAGCUGCUCCUCAUCCCCAGGGUGUCACUGUGGGCUGCUGAAAUUCCUAAGGCCUAAAAGACUAUUCAGGACCUGCCAGCAUUAACUCCGGGUUAGCCUGUUCUGUACUCUCCAAGCAGAGUUUCGCUCCGGCUGUAGGAGUUUUUAUCGGGCUCUCUAUUUUGCCAAACUGGACAUAAAGAAAACAGCAGGAAAUAGAAAGCCCAAGAAAAACACGUCAAAAGCAGCUGGAGUCAAACCUCUGCUUGGAGAGUACUGUUCUGCACUUGUCAAUUCCAAAGGGAAAUGUCCAGACUUAUUUAUGUGCAGGGAAAGCCCACAUGAAGGAAAACAAAUGUUCUUUUUAAAAUUCAAAUGUCUAUUUGAAAAUUAGGAAACUGUAGUAGAAUGUUUUAUGUACAUACUGUUGUUUUGUAGAAUUAUGUAAGAAAAUGGUAUGCCCUUAUAAAUCAAUACAUCUCUGAAUACCACCAGCAACCUCCUAGAAGCAGAUGGAUACGGUGUAGAAGUUAUGCUGGCAUUAUCAAACUUAUAAACAUUUCGUGGAGAUAAUAAAUCUCCUGAGCAAAAUCUGACCCCUUUUAGGUAUGUGUUUAAGUCCCUGCCAGAAUUUCAAUAUAAUUUGAUGUACACCACAUGUACAGGCUGCAUAGUCUUGAAAGUAUGAAUGUUGGUAUGGUAUGUGUAUGAUGGACUCGUGACUACAGAUGAAGUACAUGUAUCCUUGGUAUACCCACAAAGCAGUCAAAUAUUGACGGUGUGCUAGACUUUUGGACACAUGCUUGUCUAUUGUCUAUUUGAGUCUAUUGUUAAAGUGUUACACAGAUAUGAUUCAUUGGUUUCUCCGAUUUCAAGUCAUAUUACAUAUAGAUUGUCACCUUGAUUAUAACUUAUUGUACAACUAACCUUAUCAGUGUACUAGAAAGGAUCAGAACAUGUUCAUACAAGAAAGUCAA